AUGCUUGCCGAGGCAGACAUGAUGAGCUGUGCAAUCUCCCACGAGGAGUAUUUCUUGCCUGAUGUGGCCAUGGGGGACGCUAGUGGACUGAAGAGUCUGAAGCAGGCUUGGCGCUGGUCAAGACAAUGCGGAGACCCUGAGCGUCAGCUGAAACGAGUCGAAUCGAUCACUCUUGGUGUCAUGACGGCCACUGCAGAACUCAGCUUGACGGUGACAGAAGGCACACUGGACAGCUUCUUCCCGAAACUGCAGCGGAAAAACCCGAACAUGAGCAAAAGGCUCCUUGGACAGAGACUGCAGCUCACCUGCUCCAUUACCUUCCUGCUGGACGAAGAGACCGGCCGUGUCGCGCAGUUGGAACAUGACGUCGAUUUCGUGGCUCCUUUGCUUCACGUACUUGGCAGCCUAGAGGAUGUGUCCAGUGCACUCAACGAUCACAGCUCGUGUAGUAAAUAG